GCCAUGUUUGUCAAGGGCAGGGGACCAAAGGCUGGUGGCGACUUGGGGUCGGGUGCGGGACGUCCGCCAGCCGAAAGGAUCGUGGCUUAUGGAGGCCCCCGCGCCGCCCUCGCACGCGACCGCUCUGCCAGCGGAGGGCAGAUGCAGCUACUUCGUGGAGAAGAAGAAGCGCUUCUGCAGGAUGGUGGCGGCCGUGGGGAGAAGGUUCUGUGGUGAACACGCUGGCGCCGCGGAGGAAGAGAAUGCUCGGAAAAGAAUCUUGUGUCCUUUAGAUCCAAAACACACGGUAUAUGAAGACCAACUAGCAAAACAUUUAAAAAAAUGUAACUCAAGAGAGAAGCCAAAGCCUGAUUUCUUUAUUCAAGAUAUAAAUGCAGGAUUAAAGCAUGAAAUGGAAAUUCCUAAGCAGUUAGUUCCAUUUUCUUCUCUUUCUGAAGAGCAGUUGGAAAACUUAAUUAAGAAACUGAGGAAAGCAAGUGAAGGCUUGAAUUCUACACUUGAAGAUCACAUUAUGUCCCAUCCAGCAUUAUAUGAUGCCCUUAAUGACCCUAAAAAUGGUGAUUGUGCUGUCAAGCACCUGAAACAGCAGGCUUCUAUUUUAGGUAACAUUGAAAAAUUAAAGUUACUUGGUCCAAGAAGAUGCUUUAUUGAGUUUGGAGCAGGAAAGGGGAAAUUAUCUCACUGGGUCGAUAUUGCCUUAAAAGAUGCUGAAAACGUUCACUUCAUCCUGGUAGAAAAAGUGACCACAAGAUUUAAGGUAGAUGGUAAACACAGAAGAAAGAACUCAGCGUUUGAAAGACUUCAGAUUGAUAUUCAACACUUGUGUCUGAACAGGAUUCCUGUGCUGAGAGAAGGAAACCUGCCUGUGGUAGGAAUUGGGAAGCAUCUGUGUGGAGUCGCAACAGAUCUUGCAUUGCGGUGUUUGGUGGAAACCUAUGCUGCUAAUUUUGAAGAAAGGACUGAAGAACCUUCAGCCAAACGCGUCAAGAAUGAUAAGACAGAAGAAGAGAGUAAGGCUUUGUCGAAGGCAGGCAGUGAAGACGAUGCCCCAGAGACACGGACCCCGGUGGCUGGCAUUGUCAUUGCACUCUGUUGUCACCACCGCUGUGACUGGAGACACUAUGUGGGCAGAGAGUACUUCAAGGCGCUAGGCCUCGGGGCAGAGGACUUCUACUAUUUCCAGAGAAUGAGUAGUUGGGCUACAUGCGGAAUGAGAAGGCCGUCUUUGGAAGCCUCAGACACUACUGCUACUGCAGAGAGAAAAGAUGACCAGAAUUACGACAGUGAAGAGCAUGAUGAGAGAGGAGACAGAGCCACGGGCGGCAGCACUGACAGUGUGCCUGGAGUUCUGACUGCUGAAGAGAAGGAGAACAUAGGACAUCUUUGCAAAUUGCUGAUUGACCAAGGCCGACUCCAGUAUUUACAGCAGAAAGGCUUCAGCCCUGCCUUAAAGUACUAUACAGACCCAUCAGUAUCUCUGGAAAAUGUGCUAUUAACUGCCGUACCAGCUCAUCUGUCAUCGCAGAAAGCAGCUCAUUAAUGGAAAAGAAAUGUAAACGCCACUUGUCUUCUGCAAACAAAAAAAUUUAAUCCUU